AAUUCACUCUACAACGAUUCACAUAACCAGGUCCAAGCCAGCGGAAAGUCAUGGGUGUCACAUGUCUGGUGCGAUGGAAAAAUGCCACGGGCAUGCGCGACUUUACGUAUAUAGCGGAGCAUGUGACGAAAUCGCUGCAAGGCAAGAACACCGGACCGUGGUCACUGUCAUUCAAGGUGUACCGCGAUGCCAGUCAAAAUACUCGACAGCUCGCAUUGAAAGAUAGUAAACUACUAUGCCAAGUAUCACUAGGGCAACAGUCCGGCCAGGUUUAUUGUAUGGUUGACGGGAGUGUCGUUGUGGAAGCUGAAAAGGAAAUGGAAGUGGUCCUGUCUCGUCUUAAAAACCUGUGGCAGUUAAGACAGAAUGUGACGAUUGAAGGCACAAGUUUCGAGAUUGGGGACUUUACUUUACGAGUCGCCAACAUUUUGCUUGGCUCAACAUACAAAGGGUUGUUGUUGGAGCUGAAUUAUCAUCCAUGUUCGGCCCCCAACACAGUGAGCGACCUUCUACGAGAAUUCGUGGAAUCGGUUGUACCACCUUCAGCCCAACUGUCAUGUGAAUACGAAUACAACUAUGAAGCGGUGGGUCUAAGUAAUCAUGAAUUUACUACAGCCCACACAGGAUACCAAUACAUGAUGCUAUUCCGCAAUGAUGGCCUACUCUAAAAACAACCUCUUUUCUUUUUAAGCACGUUCCCUUUUAAACCAUGCUCUUUGUAAUCAUGUCUCUGUUUAAGCUAUGUUUGCCUCUCUAAGUCAUGUUCUCUUUUUCUGUACAUUCCUCAUUGAAUAUUUAAUGUCUUUCCAGCAAAUAAAAAGGAACACGAUAGAAACAACA